CCUUCGCCGACCUUCGCCCUCCAGCAGCCCCCUUCCCCGCGCCCAGUGACCACAUGAGGUUUUUCAGGUUGACCUUCAAGUGCUUCGUGGAUUGUUUCUGAGUCCCCGCGACCCCCCCGCCGCCGCCCGCGACUCGAGCCCCUGCCCCAGCGAGCCCCCCCCCACUCCCGCCCACAGAGCCCCUCGUCCACCUCCUCCCGCUCGCCCCUUGCCAGGGGGGCUCUCCCCGCAGCUAGCGCGCCCCGCUCUUCUUCCUCCUCCUCCUUCCAGCAUCGGCCCGAUCCGCCUGGAGGGGGGCGGCCGGGACUCGGGGAUCCCCCCCGGCGCCAUGGCCAAGGGGGCUUCGUCGGAGAGCAGCGCUUGCGGCGGCAUUUACAGCGUCUCCGUGGAACAGCAAGACAAAAAGACGGGGCGCCCCGCCGUCGCCAUGUGCCAGCAGGGAGCCCCCACCGCGGGCAAAGGGGAGGACGUCGACCCCUCCGGACCUGCCCUGGCCUUGCCAGCCCCCGAGAGGGAGACCUGGACCCGGCAGAUGGAUUUUAUCAUGUCCUGCGUGGGCUUCGCCGUGGGGCUCGGGAACGUGUGGCGAUUCCCCUACCUGUGCUACAAGAACGGGGGAGGUGUUUUCCUCAUCCCUUACCUUCUUAUUGCCCUCAUUGGCGGGAUUCCCAUCUUCUUCCUGGAAAUUUCCUUGGGGCAGUUCAUGAAGGCCGGGAGCAUCAAUGUAUGGAACAUCGCACCACUUUUCAAAGGACUUGGGUUUGCCUCCAUGGUGAUUGUCUUCUAUUGCAACACCUACUACAUCAUGGUGCUUGCCUGGGCUUUCUACUAUCUGGUGAAGUCUUUCACGGCUACCCUGCCCUGGUCAACCUGUGGGAACCCAUGGAAUUCCGAUGAGUGCGUAGAGAUCUUCCGGCACGAAGACUGCGCCAAUGGCACUGGCAGCGGCAACCUUACCUGCGAUGAACUCUCCGACAAGAGAUCCCCCGUCAUUGAGUUCUGGGAGAAGAAGGUGCUGAAUCUGUCAGGAGGCCUGGAGAUCCCUGGCGAUAUCAACUGGGAGGUAACACUUUGUCUCAUGGCCUGCUGGAUCCUUGUCUACUUCUGUGUCUGGAAGGGUGUCAAGUCCACAGGAAAGAUUGUCUACUUCACUGCUACAUUCCCUUAUGUGGUGCUCAUCAUACUGCUUAUUCAAGGAGUGAUGCUGCCAGGAGCUCAGGAUGGGAUAAUCUACUAUCUCAAACCCGAUUGGUCCAAACUGGCCUCCCCUCAGGUGUGGAUCGAUGCCGGGACCCAAAUCUUUUUCUCGUAUGCCAUAGGACUGGGGGCACUCACUGCCCUGGGCAGCUAUAACCGGUUCAACAACAAUUGCUAUAAAGAUGCCAUCAUCCUGGCACUGAUCAAUAGUGGGACCAGCUUCUUUUCUGGCUUUGUGGUCUUCUCCAUCCUGGGCUUCAUGGCAGCAGAACAGGGAGUCGACAUCUCCAAAGUGGCUGAAUCUGGGCCUGGGCUGGCGUUUAUUGCAUACCCACGAGCUGUCACCCUGAUGCCCGUUGCUCCGCUCUGGGCUGCCCUCUUCUUCUUCAUGCUGCUGCUCCUGGGCCUGGAUAGCCAGUUCGUGGGCGUUGAAGGCUUUAUCACUGGCAUCCUGGAUUUCUUCCCGACCGCCUACGCCUUCCGAUUCCAGAGAGAGGUCAUCGUGGCCAUCAGCUGUGUUGUCUGCUUCUUCAUUGAGCUGUCCAUGGUGACCCAGGGGGGCAUGUAUGUCUUCCAGCUGUUCGAUUACUAUUCAGCAAGUGGCACAACACUUCUGUGGCAGGCCUUCUGGGAGUGUGUUGUGAUCGCCUGGGUUUACGGUGCUGACCGUUUCAUGGAUGACAUCGCCUGCAUGAUUGGUUACCGGCCCUUCCCGUGGAUGAAGUGGUGCUGGAUGUUCCUGACCCCUCUUGUCUGCCUGGGCAUCUUUCUUUUCAACGUUGCCUACUACAAGCCAUUGAUCUACAACAACACCUACAUCUACCCCUGGUGGGGAGAAGCCAUCGGCUGGGGCUUUGCACUAUCCUCUAUGCUAUGCGUCCCUCUCACCGCCCUCUACAAACUCAUCCGUGCCAAGGGAACGCUGACUGAGCGCUGGCACCACCUCACCCAGCCAAUCUGGGGCCUGCACCAUCUGGAAUACAAGGUGCCCGAAUUGGAGGAUUGUGCUCUGACCACCCUGACCCCCAUCUCAGAUGGGAGCGCCAAAGUUGUCAUCUUGGAAAGUGUCAUGUGACCAGCGCUCCCCCACCGUUUCCCAACAAAAAGAGGCACUAUUUCUCUGUGCCACUCAACCCCUGGCUGCCAAUGGGGGCCCAGGGGAUGCAAUUCACCUGCCAUGUGUUGAGUUGGGGGGCAGUGCUCCCUGCAUGUUGGGAAAAGGUAUUACUGGUUCUUUAUCCACUUUCCACCGUGUCCCCUCAGGGGCCAGAAUUAAACCUGGCUGAGGGGAGGGAUAACCAGCCCCUCAGAUCCCUGAGUGGAAGGUGGGAGUUCUAAAGGCCACGAGGGUGGUGGGAGGGAAGUGGGGUGGGGGAAGAGAGCCUUAGAUUUACAUUUUUUAAAAAGAAAAGUUAUUUUUUAAAGAUAAACUAUUUUAAAUUUCUAUGUAUACAUGAUAUAUAUAUAUAUAUAUAUCUCCAAAUGCACGGGAGGCAGACUUCCCUAGAGGUUUGGGAUCCAGAAGUCCUGGAAUUUUAUCUCCUGCUUUCUUGGAUCUGAACGGGUUAGAGGUGGAGAACCUGGGUUCUGUCUCCAGUUCUGUUGAGGGAAGUAAAGUCCGGCCGUUAGAAGAAGCAGGAAGAGUUCAAAAGGAUGCUAGCGGACAAGCCACCUGGGCGCUAUCUAGUAUAGAGAAUGGGGGUCAUUUCCAGCAGUUUGCAGCGAGACGCUGGGACUCUGUUCUCGGCUCCUUCCCUGUUGUCUUCAGGUGGUGAGUGUGCUCCCUGCUACCCUGAAUACCUUCUGAUUAGAGGACUGACACAGUCCAUGGAGUAGCCCUACUCUCCCACACCAUAUCCCACGUAAUCAACCAAUCACAGUUUUACUGGAAGCCCUCCCUACCCACGGAUGGAUUUUAGAAAGCAGCUGCACCACAAGACCCUGGCCGAAGUUUAUAACAACAUGGGAAGGAAUUAUUUUGUAAUGUGUCAAAGCCAGGUACGUAGAGCUGCUCUCAGUAAAAGGAAUGCUUUACAGGAAAGUGUUAAUAUUGGGUGGGGGGACCCUGAGUUUCAUAGUAUUAUGAAGUCACCAGAAAUUGUUUCAUUUGAGAAUAGGAAGGCACUAAUAUUCACAUUGGCCCCAUUCAGAAGACACCUUAAACCACGGCUUUUAACCAUGGUGGUUAAGCCAGAAAGCCUUAUUCACCAUGGUUAAAGCCAUGGUUUAAGGUGUCUUCUGAACAGGGCCUCUGUGAAAUAAGAUCAGGGUAGUAUAAACCCAAGUGCAGUUUCUUCCAAACAAACAAAACACACACACACAUCCCUUUCUCUCAAUUUCUUUCAUUCUUCAGCCCCUGCACUGCACCUUCCCAAACUCUCUAACACCACCAAUUAAUUCACCCUCAGGCAAGGCAGAUCAACACAGAGAAAAGAGAAGCCCUUAACAGAGCUGGAAAAAGAACCCAGGUAUCCUGUUGUCCCUAGCCAAGGUUAUACUCCAAACUCCUUACUCGUCUGACAGAAUCUUGCCCGUUCCCUGCCUCUGUAUCAGGUGGGAAAGCUCUGUCCCCUCAGAUGUUGUUGGAGUGCAACUCCCAUCAUCCCUGACCAUUGGCCAUGCUGACUAGGGCUGAUGGGAAUUGCACUCCAAUAACAUCUGGAGGGCCACAUGUUCCCCCACCCCUGCUCUACAUCAAGUAGCUGGUAUCCCUCCCCAAAAAUCUUUGCUACGCUUUUAAUUUGCACUUUUUCUAAGAGAGAGAAAGAGAGACUGUGUGCAUAUCUGAAACAAACAGAACUUUAACUGUGCGGAAAGCAAUCUAUUUUUAAAGGAAGCACUUAGGAAAGAGAUAUAUCUAAUUUUCUUAAUAUUUCUGUAGAUUAGACAAAAAAAGAAUGAGAGAGAGAGAGAGAGAAAUCAGAAUUUUAUUUUGUGACAAAAGUUAUAAAUAUUCUGUCUAUAUUUGUUUCGUAAAUCUAUCUAUAUGUGUGUGUGUGCGUGUGCGUGAGAUUAAAUAACAUAACAAGCCAACCUCAUGAUACAAGGGAUUGGGGAGUUUUUAAAUAGUAAAGGUUAGUGGGGAGGGGAGUUCAUGUCAGUGUAGCAAGUACCAAAUGAUGGAGGAAAAGUGAACAGGAUUGGGAAGAGGAUUCAACUGUGUCCGCACUAACCAACAGUUAUGUGGGUUUGUUCCAUCUUCAGCUGCAUGGAGCUUGCUCUCUCUACACCUAAUGCUGUCUUCUGGCACGAUCUGCUUUCAGGGCUUUUGAUGUCUUUUACUGCUACUUUAUAAAGUAGCUACCAAUCACAGAGCCGCUUCAGGCAUGACAAAAUUCCUGCACCAUAGAGCCUCCACAUUUAGGUGUUGUAUACCUCUGAAUACCAGCUGCUGAGGAACAAACCGGAGAGGACUAUAGCUUUCAUGCCCUGGUUGUGAGCCCCUCAAAGUCAUCUGGGCUGGCUUCUCUUAUCAACAGAAUACUGGGCUGGAUUGGACCCACAGUCUAAUCUUGCAAGUCUACAAAUGCCAUUAUCCCCAACCAGCAUGGGAGUAGUAGUCCAGCACUUCUGGAGGUCGCCUGGUUGGAGGCUGCUGGUUUAAGCGGGUAACAUUUACUUCCAAGUAGGAAAUAGUACACAACAGGCCUGUAGUUCAUCGCAUUUGAUCAAACAGCUGAAUACACUGCACAUGCUACUGUUAAGUAAGAUGUUCUACAUCCAAGUUGCAUGCUGUUUCUUUCCCAAAAUACAUAGGAGAUUUGUCAAGUCUGAACGUUUAAUGUAAUGUCUUUUAGCAGUUCUUUGGGGCGAAAAGUUUGGAGAUCUUCCAUCUGACUAUGGAAUUCUUAGUUGUUUAAUCACCUGCCUUUUGACCAAUUUAAAUAUACUUCCAUAUUACCAAGAUCUCAAUAUUGGUGCCUUUUUGAGAUUUUUUUUUUUUACUUUGUAAGCGCAAGACUUGUGACUCGCUAUUAGAAUGAAAAGCCAUCUUUGAAACUUUUUCACUAUCUUUUCCCAUUACGGUAGUAGAACAUCAGAACUAAAAUAGCUGCAAAAUAUGUAUGCUCUUUAUUUUCAGCCCCAGCAACUAAAAUUACAUUUUGCAGCCUUAUUUCUUAUGAUCGUGUCUACUCAGGUUCAACAACCUUCACUAACAGAGACCCCGUUUCAGCAUUUUGCACAAACUUGACCAUUUGUAUUCUUACUAAGUCAUCUUUUCAGUAUUUUUAAAGAUUUUACAUGUACACACAACCGCUGUUUGAGCAAUGUAUAAGUGGGGUACAGAAAAUAGUAUGUAUAGAUCUGCUGCAAGGUGUAUGUAUGUGAGUGGGGGAGGUAUUUUGUUUUUUUAACUAAUCCUAUCCAGAAAAUUGAAAUAACAUCUCUCUUCCCACCACCCCUGGGAAGAGGAAGCCCUUGUAUAUUGUUGACUGGCUACAAAAGUGCAAAACUUUCAAACCAUGCUGUAUUGGAACAACAAGAAACAUUGCAUUAAGAAACAAACAUUGAUUAACAAAGGGACUCCGUUGUGGACAUCAGCCUUAGAGGUGGAACUAGGCUUUGGUGCAGAACUGGUCAGAUUCCAGAUUUGCUUCGGCAUUUGCAGAGAAUAAUUUAGAUGUUUUCCCCAAAACCAUGCUACGAGCAUGCUGGUCAGUUGUUUUCCAGAAGCAUCUGUUGCAAGCCUUGCUCUCUCUCUCCCUUGCCAUAGGUUGCUUUGGGUGUUAGGAUAACCCCAUAGAGCCUUGCUCUUUCUGAGCCUUCCCUUUGCUGCCAGUGUUAUAGGGCAGGGGUGAACAAUUUGUGACCUUUCAGAUGUUUUGGCUUAUAAUUUCCAGCAGUCUAACCAACGUAACCAAUGGUGAGGGAUGCUAGGAGUUGUACCCAAAACAUCUGGGGGGCCACAGAUUGCCCACUCCUGACAAAGGCCUUAGCUAGACCUAAGGAUUAUCCCAGGCAAAUGGAGGGGUCAUCCCUGCCUGCUCCCGGGAUCCCCUGUGUAUCAUUUGGAUGCACAGGGACGAUCCCGGGAUAUAGGCCUGGUCUAGCUAUGGCCAAAGGGUUUCUUGUGGAGGAGGAAGAGUGAUACCAGUAGAAGAAAGCAAUCAUUCAUCAUCAGUUUGGCCUAGGCCUGGCCAAGGGUUACUAUACCUCUGUCUACAACAAAGAAUUCCUUCUUUGACACCCCCAAUCCCAUUUCUGUGACAUUUUUAGAAAGGAGCUGGGCUAACCUUUUCCCGGCUGGAUGAGUAAUCAAAUUGUAGGUUUGGUUUGUACAAUUCAGGCCAUUUCCUGGGUUUUGAUUAGGGUUGAGUUUUCAGCUGGCCUAGAAGUUACAUGUUCUGUACUAAAUACCCCCCCUUGCGCGCGCACUUUGUGAUUGGCUCGUCCUUCCUCUUCCCCAUUUCUGCCCCCCUCCCUCUGUAACCCUGCCUCUCCUGACACAAUUCCUGUCCCACCAUCCCACCACACCGAUCAAACAGAUUGAUGUCCUAGGACUGAGGCAGAGGUGAAAUUCAGCCAGAUUUUGCUUCGUUUUUCAAAGGCUGUUAACCUCAUUUAGGCAAGCUAUGAAAGUGGCUAUCAAUAUCUUGUACUCUCCCAGACCUAAGAGAUUAUAAAUUUAACUGCUUCGCUCAUAGAAAAAUUGGAGAGGAAUUUGCAGGCCUAUGCCGAUGAUCUCAUCGGUCUUUCGCUGUUGCUUUCAAUUGGAAGAUUGCAGCCCAUUCUCCAUAAAUUCUAAACUAUUGCACAGGAACAUUUUUUACACCUCUUCAUGCUCUCCUUACUAAUUUGUAGGCCAGCGUCAUGGCAACAUGUAGCCAAGAAACCAAUAUUUUCAAUUCUUGAAUGCCUGGGGAAUAAAUUGACAUGGUGUAGAACAACCUUCUCCCUGGUGCCCUCCAGUUGUGUUGGACUACAGCUAUCAUUCCCUGGGUAACUGGAGGAUUCUGAGUUAGAGUCCAGCACAUCUGGGGGGGGGGGGCAUCAGGUUGGGGAAGGCUGGUGUAGAAGGUGAAGGUGAAGUUUUGUUAACAAAUGUUGAUUCCAGGUGUAAAAAAGCGCAGAUUUGUUUAUAAACCUGAGAAUCCUGACCAGUUCCACCAAUUCGCAUUUCCACAAGAACUGUGAGAGUUCAUUUCCACCCGCAAUUGGGCCCAAGCUGAGGGAUUUUUCAGAUACCGUCUUUAAGAUGGCCUCAGAUCUGUGAAAGGGCCAAGUUUGCCCUCCAUCCUGCUGUAAACGGAAGAACAAAAUAGCUAUCCAAUGUCUCAUGUGCUCAGGGCCAGGUUUCCACAAGGAGGAGAGUAAAUUCAUCUCGCACGUACACUCACGCCUGCAUCGCCAGAGCCGUGGGAGAAUCGAAAUGUCGUCUUCCAGGGUUUCAGCUUUAAAUCCCCCAGUGUUGUCUUAAUGCCGAGUGUUGUGUCAAACCUUCCUGCCUCACAUCCCACCCUGCAAAUCCUGCCCAGUGCAGGUUCUAUACCAUCUGUGAUUUUUAUUUUUUAUUUUUGUGCUAACUUAUCAUGGAACAUAGCAAUAAAAAGGAGUCACCCUGA